AUGAACACUCUUCCUCCCUUCGACUGGCUCAUCGACGACCCCAACAAUGAAUACAUUGACUUCCCCUUUCCCACCGACAACAUAAUCGACCUCCUCCCCGAAAACCCAACCCGCGAGGAGCUCAUCAACCACUGGACCCGUCUACUACAGAGGUACUUCCCCUUCAGCAACUACUCCUCCCCAACCCACGUCCCCCGCUUGUCUAACGAUACAGAUCAAAAGUACUGUCUCGCCGUAGACCACUACUCCAGCAUGUCGCACGCGGUGCUCUCGCUCCGCCCCCGCGGCGGCCCCAUCGCCCGGGUGCAUUUCCUGCACGUGUACGUGGUCGAGGAACCCCAGGAGAAGGAGGUGGUUGUGAUUGACGACGACGGAGAGGACCCGGAUAAGGGCGAUUUUGGGGAGGCCAAGGUAGAGCUCUUUGAGGAUCUACAGGGUCGGUUGGUUUCGCGCCUGCUGCGGAGAUUCUACUACAAGACCCUCGAGGGCCGCAAUAUGACGCUCCAUGGGGCGAUUUGCGUGGGUCGCCAUGUGCGCUUCUUUGCGCUGGAGCCGGACGGGAGCUUCGGCGCGGAUUGCUGGUGGGGAGAGGAGGAGCUGGCGGCCGAUAUGAACGUGCAUAUGCCUCUGGUGCAGGAUCGUUUGAUGCAGAUCAGCCAUGAGAUUGAGGCUCAGCGUAACCUUGGACAUAGUUAG